UUGCUUGCUGUCUCGGCUCUCCCUUCGUCAUCCCAGUGGAAAUAUGGAAAAUUCCGGUGACAGGGACACCGGAGUGUGGUCCAGGGUCAAGGCCCUAGGGAGUGGUGCCUUCGGAGUUGUUGAACUUUGGAGAAAUGCGGAUAAUGGGGAAACAAGAGCAAUUAAAAAAUGUCAAUUGGACGUAUCAAAAAUGUCACCAAGACAGAUUGAAAGAUGGAACGAGGAGGUGGAGUUCAUGAAUCGAAUUAAUCACCCAAACAUCGUAGGAACUAGAAAAAUUCCCAUCGGGGUGAUGAAUCCGAAUUCACGACUGCCAGUGCUUUGCAUGGAGUACUGCAGAAAGGGUGACCUGAGAGAUGUCUUGAUCAGACCUGAAAACUUUUGGGGCCUGAACGAAACAGAGGCCCUGAGGAGCAUGAGGGACAUAUCCUCCGCCGUGGAGUACCUCCACCACAACGGCAUCACCCACCGCGACCUGAAGCCCCAGAACAUCGUGAUUCAGGACGGCAGAUCAGGCACCAUCUACAAAUUAAUAGAUUUGGGAUAUGCCAAGGAAAUGGGCGAGGCCAGUGCUGCCGCAUCCAUUGUCGGAACCCUGAAUUACGUUGCACCAGAGCUCUUCUGGAAAGGCACCUACAGCUCCUCCGUGGACUACUGGAGCCUGGGGAUUUUAUUCUAUGAAAUCCUGACGGGUACGAGACCAUUUUUACCCAACAUGGCGGUCAGCAAAAAUUGGCUAGGUCACAUUAAGAAUAAGAAGCCUGAGCACAUUUCAGCCCGGGAGGUAAACGGAAAAGUCGAGUUUUCCUCCAAAAUCGAGGAUCCCAGCAAUGUAUCCCAGUGCUUGAGGGAGGCCUUGACCCCCUGGUUUCGCCUAGUCCUCCAGUGGCAGCCCUCGACCCGUGGAAAAAUAGUGGAGAACGGAAGAUCGUCCGUUGGAGUUUUUCAUUUUCUCAAGACAAUUUUCACGAAAAAAGUCCUGCAUUUAUUCUUCGUAUCGACGUACAAGAGGGAUAGCUACCUCAUCGAGAACAUCACAAGAGUUCGGGAAGUGGGGAAAAUUAUUUCUGAACGAGAGAAAAUUGGAGUUGAUGAGCAACUGCUCGUUUCGUCAGGAGGAAAAUUGCUUGACGCUCCUGAGGGAAAAAUCCUGGAUUUUCUAGAAGAAGGUGACGAAGUCAUCGUCUUCGAGAGGGAGAAACUCCUGGUGGGGACCCCUCAGGAUGCAGUUCUACCUCGAGAUGUCCAGAGGAUGGCUGAGGGAGGCCUGAAGACUUGUGAUUAUCACACCUUGAGGAGGUACUAUGGGGCUACUGUGCUCUUCAUGAAGCAGCAGGUGGAGCUCUACAAGGGGUAUCUCAUCGCUUUGAGUAUUAAAAUAGACUUAAUCAACACGAAUUUCACAACUCUCUCCCAGAAAAUUGAGAAAAUUCUCUCAGACUCAUUCCUCCUCCACCAGUCCCUCCAGGAGGUCUUCCCACCCCCAGAGGAUAACGUGAGACCCCCCCAGAGGCUCCAGAACUGCCACCAGAAGGAUCUCCACAAGAGGAUCUCGAAUUUUCUGUCGAGUGCUCGAGGCAUGAAAAACGAAUUUCAAAAUCUCUCUGAACAGAAGGACAACUGGACCGAGAAGUUCUCGUCGUCAGUGGACUCCUCGAGACUGUCUGGUGUCCUCGAAGAAGCUGUUGACGUAUUGAUGGAGUUCUUACCGUCGGAGCAGAAUAAAGUGAGGAAGCCCAAGAGGAUGAUCGAGAUUUAUUUCAAGUUCCUGCAGGUGAGGCACGAGAUGUUGAGCUGUGAGGGGCUGAGGGACAUUGGGGAGCACUUCCUGGGGCUCGAGAGGGAGAUGGUGAAACUGGAGAGGGCCCUGGAGUCUUUUCAGAUGAUCCUGGGGCAGUGCCAGAGGGAUCUGCAGGCGGCUAGCCAGGGGGUGGGGGUGGCCAGGGCCGGUGGAGGCGGUGGGGAUGAUCUUGUAAGGGACAACAUCGUGCUGGGACACUUAAUAAAUGGACUUUUGACUGAAAUGGAGGACAUCAAAGCCAAACUAGGCUCCUUGGACUAGAUAAAACUCCCCAGAACCCAGAAAACCAUGUGAUUCGAUAGAGAUAUAUUAAUUGUUGUAAUUUCAUAGUUUACAAGAGUCAAUUAAUGCAUUUCUAUUUUUAUAAUUAAUUUUUUUAAAGAAAUGUGAAAAUAAAGUGAUUUUUGAAAUUAA